AUGGAGAAAUUGGACUCAAAACGAAUGGCAGAAGCGAUGGCCACUUCAGCCUCCUCGGCCUUGCAGGUGACGGUUGCCGGACUUCCGUGGCCGCAUCGUCAUCGGAGCUUGGUCCUCGCCAGCAAUUUCAGGGUUUCGCCGAUGCUUCUGGGUUUCGCCGCCACUGUCACAGUCAUCGCCGCCACCCCCAUUGUUGCAGUCAUUGCCGAUGCUUCUUCCUCUUUCUCCUCUUCACCUCGUCUCUUCAACUAUGGCCGCCCCUCUCUUCCCCCUCUCUCUACACCCACCACCGCGGCCACAACCACCAUCCAUCUGAUCUCCCUUCUCUCUCCACUGUGCAAUUUUGCUGCUGAUUUUGCUUGUUUGAAGGCACUGUGGAUGAUCAGCUUCGACCAGCACAUUAUUGAGCCUUGCACUGCAACUGCUGAUUAUGGUAAAGAACAUUCAGAUGCAGAAAUCAGAAGCUCAACUGACACGAAUUCUACGACUGUUGGUGGAAAAUAUGGAAUGAUGGCAAACACUGUCCUACACAACCUACUUGAGUGCCCAGUUUGCAUGAAUUUAAUGUAUCCUCCCAUUUAUCAGUGUCAAAAUGGCCACGCUUUAUGUUCAAACUGCAAGGCCAACAUACACAAGAUUUGCCCGGUUUGCCGCCAAGUUUUUGGAAGCAUUAGGUGCUUGGCUUUGGAGAAAGUUGCGGAAACAUUAGGACUGCCGUGCAUGUGGUGGAAUUUGGGUUGUCAAGAUAUUUUCCCCGUCCACAGCAAGCUCGGGCAUGAGCAGAAUUGCAGGUUUCGUCCAUAUCGUUGUCCAUAUAAUGAUGGUAAAUGCUCUGCCACUGGUGAUAUCCAAUUCCUUCUUGCACAUCUCAAGGAUGAUCACAAUGUUAAUGUUGAUGAUGUUGAUGAUGGGUAUACUUUCAACCUCGAAUACACAAAACUCAAUCCCGAAAAAGUUGAAAAGACUAGGUGGAAGCUGGCAGUUUUCAACUGUUUCAGCCACCAUUUUUGCUUGCACUUUGAGGCUUUCCGUCUAGAAAAGGCAUUUGUUUACUUGGCCUUCCUGCGUUUUAUGGGCGACGAUGAUGAGGCGAAGAAAUUCAGUUAUAGUUUGGAAGUUGGCAGAAAUGGCAGGAAGUUAACAUGGCAAGGAUUUCCAAGGAGUAUUCGUGAUAGUUGCAAGACAGUUCGUGAGAGUCUAGACGGACUGGUUAUUCAGAAAAACAUGUCAUUCUUCUUUUUUGACGGUGAUAGCCAGAAGCUGAGAGUAAAGUUGGCUGGUCGCAUAUGGAAAGAACAGUUGAAAUGCAAUAGAGAUGUUCUGUAA